CCCCUCCACUGAGGCUUCCCUUCGGAGCUCGGGGAGCCGGCCUCGGCGCCGAACCCGGCUUUUGUGAGAGAGGCUAAUGCGUCCUGCGUGGAAGAGGUCUCGUAUCUUAAUGAACACCCCCCUAAUUAAGGCGGAGGUUGUGGCUGGGGGAGGAAACGGUGGCCUUCUGGGGACGGGGGAUUUCGGCUUGCACCAAGUGCCCGAGAAGGCCCCGGGCAGGGCUGGGCGGGCUCCCGGCGCCCCCCGAGCAGCCCAGAGAAAGUUCCACGUGUCUCUUCUCCCCGGGUCCCCCCUGCCAGAGUCGAGCCGAGGGAAUCAAACAUUCAAAUUCAAAAACGAGCCAGUAGGACUAUUCCUAAUUAAUACAGCCCCGCUAAUGAGCCAGCAGAAGCCAAUCGGUUUCGUUGUUGCUCCGAAUAAUUUGAUUGAACGCGGAUGUGUGUCUUUAAGAGGGGAAAAAAAUAAUACACGAAACAAACAUUUCCACCUUCAUUUUUCAACAUGGCAGUUACCCUAUAGCGGAAAUAUAAUUCUUGGCCCAGGGCAGGGACAGUAACAGUGCUGAUGAAAUUCGCUGAGGCGCUUUUAAUUCAGCCGUAACCCUGCAGUUCCUGGAGAUAACAUGAGGUUGUUCAUUCCGAGCUGUGUUUACUCGUAAUCCGUGCGCAUUACAACAGAUUGAAUAGCCUAAUUUUAAACGCGCUCUGACGGAAAGUGACAUGCGUACGAGCCCCGUUUCCUAAAGUAGCUUUCAAAGGAGAGUUUUGUUGUUGUUGGGAGACUAUUUGUCUCAUUUCCGGGGGCAGAUUACGAUACCUAUAAAACAGUAGUGAGUUAAAACAUCGCUCCACAAUAGUUGGUAUUGUUCACAGUCUCAGCUGGACUUUCACAUUCAGAUGUUGAUUGCCUCCAAUUUUCCCCCCCCCCCAACUUCCUUAACCGCUUCAGCCCGGCUAAUCCAUAAACACACCUGGCAGAAUUACAGCUCGCUAGCUGCAUGCUUUGGGAGGUCAUUUCAGAAGCGUGUAUUUCUUGAAAGCCAGCCUUCUCCAGAAAAAAGGUUUUUUUUACUCAGUGCGAAUAGAGUUAAAAAAGGAGGGAACGCCAGCAAACAAGCACACAGCACGCUAAAUACAAAGAGGUUUUGAAAAGAACAGAUUUUCGCCAACAUAGGUCAGAACGAAAACGCACCGUGAAAAAUGAAUACUCGGGGCAAGCGAAACCCACCGGCCUUACUUUAAAAAGUUAUGGCCAGACGGUCUUUUGUUUGAAUCCAUCACCCAGAGACCAAAAUAAAAACAUCGCACCAGGCUUAGUUAUAUUUACAUUUUAUAGCAUCGGUUACAGACUGAUUUCUUUUUUCCUCUCUUUUUGUUUCUUUCCUCUUUUUCAAGUUAUUGUUCGCGUCCAAACCGAACUGUCGAAAGCCCGACCGCAGGCAGCGAAAACAUUUCUUCGUUGAUCCCACGCUAUUAAAAGGAAUGAAACAUGCACGUCUGCCUGGCUGGGUCGUGUUAGAGUAGUUACAGUGACAGCUAAACAAUCUGCACUGCAAUCUCCGCUUCAGUCACAUUCAGGCGUCCUCUCCGCUCCUCCCCCUAACCCCAGAAAACCCCGAAUUACAAUAAUCUGUUACCCCCCAGCUCUGUCGGGGAAAUGCCCUGCCCGGACACAUUUCGCAGCAGUUUCCCUUCACCAUUCCCUCCCUCCCUCCCCCCUGCCCCGGAAAGCAGAAAGCCAACCGCUGCAUUUUGCCACCGCAACAAGGUCACACUUUGCGAUACCCGGGUAUUUCAUCCGCCUUUUAUUUGUUUUCGGAAUUCUCCGCAUCCUCAGCACCUCCUCCACCAAACACUUCGCCUUCCUCCUCCCGCCAAACACCCGGUCGGCAACCCCAGCCACCCUCGGAUGCAGUUGACACACACCGAGGUACAAGCGGAGGGGAAGGGGAGGGGGCAGAGCCCGUCCUGCCGGAAUAUCUUGCCCGGGGGCGAGCUCGGAUGCUCCCGUAGAAAAAGGUUCUGGCUCACAGGAGCCCCUGCGACUUUGACAGCUGUCGCUUUGGCUGCACAGGAGACGAAUCGCCCUCCUUUUGGUGCCAGAAGAAGCAGGAAAUUAGCCAGGUUGCAAGUUGAAAAUCUGCCACGCCAGUGCUUUGAAUCCAAUAUGCCACACCUUCCAGCGGGGGAACUGGAAAUUGCCAUCCCGGAUCUGUGUUCUAGGCGGCUGCUUAUGCCGAACCUCCGCACACUUUGUUCACUAUUGCCUUACAAAGAACAAAUGAAAUGGGGAUUGAAAGCCAGAGAGAUCCGAAGCAGGACAGAGCUCAGCAAAAGAAUGCGGCUCUAUUCUCGCAAGGGAAAUUAUAAAAAAGUUCAUGUUCACGGUUACCAUCCACAUGACCGACAACGACCAAUGGAAAAACCGAACAACUCAUAAAGUUGUAUUGCAAAGUUGUAAAUUUUCAUAAACAACAACGGAUUUAUGGCCUUUUCCUCAUCACUAAGAAGAGGCAGGUCUUAGAGAGGCGCCAUCUUACCACAGAGGCAGCCCUGGAGUUUUUUAAAAGACCUGGAGUUUGUACUAAUUUUAUUAAAAUUACAAUUAGUACGUUGACCAGGAACGGAGUGUAGUAGAAAAAGGGAACUUCUGCGCAAAUGAUGCUCUGGUUCUACCUGUAUUUACUCGGCCGAAUAAAGGGACAUUUCGGGGGAGGUUUUUGGUUUUGA